UCUAAAUGCGAUGAGAGCGUCGGAUGAGGAGAAGAGAGCGGAGGGCAUCGGAGAGACCAAACAAGGAUGGCAGCUCCAGACUUAGCGGACCCUAAAAACGCCACUCACAACACGAAGCCCCGCCUCUCGUUCCCCACCAAGCCAAUGACACUGACUCCCCGGGAGGAGAGCGAGGUGGUUGCCACAGUGAUGAAAAGGAAGACGGUGACAGCCAUUUUUCUUUUGGUGGUUCUGUACCUGGUGAUGGGAGCAGCAGUCUUCAGAGCUCUGGAGCAGCCUCACGAGAGUGCCCAGCGUUUGGCCAUCCUGUCCCAGAAGCUGGAGUUCCUGUCUAGACACUCCUGUGUGAACCAGAGCCAGCUGGAGGAGCUGGUGAUGCAAGUCGUGUCUGCGAUCCGCUCAGGAGUAAACCCUGCAGGAAUGUUACACAGCCUGUGGGACCUGAGCUCGGCCUUCUUCUUUGCUGGGACUGUCAUCACAACCAUUGGUUUUGGGAACAUCUCUCCCCACACGGAAGGUGGAAGAAUUUUCUGCAUCGUCUACGCCUUGCUAGGGAUCCCCCUGUUCGGCUUUCUGUUAGCCGGUGUAGGUGAUCAGCUUGGCACCAUAUUCGGCAAGGGCAUUGCCAGAGUGGAGAAAAUGUUUGUGCACUGGGACAUCAGUCAGACAAAGAUCCGGGUUACCACCACACUGCUGUUCAUCUUGUUUGGCUGCCUGCUGUUUGUGGUGCUCCCAGCAGCCAUCUUUAAACACAUCGAGGGUUGGUCUGUGCUGGAGUCCCUUUACUUUGUAGUCAUCACCCUGACUACCAUUGGAUUUGGGGACUUUGUCGCAGGUGGGUCAGAAAUAGAGUAUCUAGAUUACUAUAAACCAGUUGUAUGGUUCUGGAUUCUGGUGGGUCUGGCCUACUUUGCUGCUAUCCUCAGUAUGAUAGGAGACUGGCUAAGAGUCAUCUCCAAGAGGACCAAAGAAGAGGUAGGAGAGAUCCGAGCUCAUGCUGCAGAGUGGACGGCUAACGUCUCAGCAGAGUUCAAAGAAACCCGUCGACGCGUUAGCGUUGAGAUCUAUGAUAAGUUCCAGCGUGCAGCCUCAAUUAAACGCAAACUGUCCUCAGAGCUGGGAUUUAGCCCUGCCCCUGAACUCCCCCUACCCAGGAGGAGCGUGUCAGCCAACUUCAGUGAUGAGCGGGACAGGAACGAGAAGGAGGCCAGACUGCAGGGUUUGACAACACCUCUGGUCAGAAACGGUGGUGUGUUCAUGAAAAGUUUGGACCUGGAAAACGGAGAUGUCUCAGUCAAUGAACACCUCAAGUAGAAGGACAGUAGUCAAGAUUCUUAAGCCCUUUCUAUUUGUCAUCAUCAGUGCGGAGACCCGAGCUGCUUGACCAAAUUAACUUUUUUUAAAUUCACAAAUCAACUAAUAAGAAGAAUGUAGUACUUUGUGACCCAGCAGGGAAACCUGUAAAAGGACUCUUUUCUCAAGAACAGUGGGUUUUCACCGCCCUCAUCCCAACAGCGAAACACUGUGUAAGAAGAAGAACGCACAGUGCAGGAUUUGAUCUGAACUGCGUUUACUGUCUACUAAACCUCACUCACCUCUGGGAGUAAAGCAAAGUUGACACUGAUGAUAAGCCAAUAGACGGGUACAUUUCCGACAUGCUGUAUCCAUAACUUUACAGUAUUUUGUGACCUAAUAUCCAGAGCCUGAAGAAUGUCCAAGGUGCCAGGCUGUGUUUGCAGCGCUUCAGUAGUUUUCACUUCAACAAUCUGGGAUGCAUUUUCAUUACACAGCUGUACAACUUAUGAACAAUUUUGUUUUUUUAAUUUGUCAGUUUAGAGGUAGAAGGAAACAUGGGGAGAGAGAGGUAAGCAACAAAGGCUCCCAGCAGGAGUCCAUGGUUUGUGGUUGAAGAGCCACUUUGUUGCUGUUUGUCAUGUGAACACAGACAGUGACACAGCAGGCGGUUACCUGAAACAACAAGCAAUAUGUCAGUGACGUUAUCUGUACGGUUGUAAAAGGUGCAGAAGAUGACGUCUGGACUGCACAGACGGUGGAGUGGGAUGGGGAGAGACAGAUGUUGUGUGAAACGACUGAAAAAUGUUGAAAUGUGAUGUUGUUUGAAGUACAGAUGAGCAGUGAUGCUAUGUUGAACCACAAAGAUGAAGGACUGUGAAAGAUCUGCAUUUUCAGUCCUGUAUCAGACUAGAUUUAAACAAUGAAACUCUCUGUAAUUCUAACAACUGCAGUUGGCUAAAAUAAGUAAUACAUUUUUAAUCUGAAGCUUUUUGCAGGUUAUCACUCUGCCUAUUUUAUAGACUAGCUCUUGGUUUUAUCUCCAGCUAUGAUACUGUGCAACUGUUAUAUGAUGCGUAC